AUGCAAACAUCGCGACCCUCUGCCGAUAAUGUCCACGUUUCGUGUAGGUUUCGACCCCUUAGUUCAGGUGAGCGGAAUGGCGGGUUGUGUGUUCAUCUCGAGGGGUCCAAUCAUGUCGUCUGCAGAGUUCAAUCUUGUCAGCGGCUCGGGCGGUCCAAUGGAGCCCCAAGGCAGCAACCGAUUCCCUGCAACUCGGUAGGUGGAGAUGGCUUCAACCGAUUUCCCUCUGCAGACACUGCAGUUGAUCAAUAUCGUUUUUCCUUCGCGCGUGUUUACCCACCAGAGGUGGGGCAGGACGAAAUUUAUAAUGAGGUUGCACGUCCCAUAGUGAAGGAUGUAAUGAAGGGUUACAAUGGAACUUUGCUUGUUUACGGCCAAACGGGAAGUGGGAAGACGCAUACCAUGUUUGGUGCUGGUGAAGCAGUGGGUAGGGAAAGAAGUGGAACCAUCAGCACAGCUUUAUACGGCACCGCUGGCGAUGACCGUGGACCCGUACGAGCACAGGGCGGACGUGCGAAUGUUAAUGCGGGUAUCAUCCCCCGUGCCGUCAAUCAAAUCUUUGAUAUGAUCCAUAGUGCUGACGAGGCGUUAGAAUUUGAGAUACGAGCAAUGUUCGUUGAGGUGUACAUGGAGCGUGUUCGAGAUCUUCUUGACCACGGAAACCUCAAUCUUCAGGUACGUGAGGGCCCUUCAGGUUUUUAUGUGGAAAAUUGUAAGUUACCGUACGUGUCAAGCGCAGAGGAGAUGAUGCAGCUUAUCAACUCAGGCGUGUGUCGCAGAGUUACCGCGGCCACAGCCUGCAAUGAAGCGAGCAGCCGUAGCCACUGUGUGUUGAACAUCACAGUUAAGAGUGUCAACCACACGAAGCACGUUGCAACUGUUGGGAAACUGUUUCUGGUUGACCUUGCGGGGAGUGAAAAAGUUGCCAAGACCCAUGUGGAUGGAAUGCAGCUGGAAGAAGCAAAAAUGAUAAACAAGUCACUCACAACUCUUGGUCAUGUGAUCAUGAGCCUAGCAGACAAACAGGCCCACGUGCCGUACCGUGACAGCAAACUUACACGAAUCCUCAAAGACUCUCUUGGAGGCAAUUCACGAACGGCACUUGUAGUGUGCUGUAGUCCUUCACAAUUUAAUGAUCAGGAGACGUUAUCGACAUUGCGCUUUGGAGCGCGCGCACAGAACGUUUGCAACGUAGCGAUUGUCAAUAAACAACUUACCGCGGAGGAGCUGAAGGGUAUGCUGGACCUUGCCCGAGUGGAGAUAAAGAGACUUCGAAAGCUGCUCCAUGAUAUGGGUGUCACUGUUCCCAGUAGCGGAAACCACGGUGGUGAGGAGAUUAGUGACUGUUUUAGUGGCGUGGCUGAAUCUUCCUGUGGAGGCGAGACUUUCGCAACUCGCGUUGCAAGCCCGUGCGACACUGCAGUUCCGGGCCCACAUUCUGAAGCGUCGGCGGUGGGGCAUCUGGAAGAAACAGACGCUGUUAUUAAUGCCGACGGGGUGGUGGAUGAGAGCUCCGUAAAUGAGGGGGAUGUGGUGCGGCGAGGGAUUUACGAUGAAUUGUCGGGGGAGGGUAUAAGUCCGGAAGUUAGUCACCUGCACGACAACCCGUGUGUGUCUCAAGGAACUACCGAAGCUAUUCGUAACCAAUUAGCCGAACAAGCAGCGCUGAUUAAAUUGUUGAGGGAGGAGAACGCUGUUUGGGAAGAGGAACACAUGAUCGCUGUACGAGAAUUGUAUGGCUACAGACGCUACGCCGAGCAUUGCCGCGAGGUCUUGGGCGAGGUGAGCAUUACGGGGGAUGUUGUAUCUCGACGUAUUUCUUCAUACAGAGAGCGAGUUCUCGCUAUUGUCGCAAAGCUUUGCAGUCAUUCGGAUACAACAGAAGAUAAUUUAGCCACACAGAGCAAUGAGUACCCUAACCAGAUUAAGGAGGGGCGAUCCUUGGUUGAAUUGGGAGCAACACGCGAGACUUGUUCUUCGGUUUCUAACAACCUUUCCCAACCCUUGUUAUCAUCUCAUAUAAGCAGUCGGACAACUAUGUGUUCCUUACCAGCUCUUGGUGACGGUACUGCAGGAAAUAAUAAUACAAUCACUGGGUCGAUGGAACUUGCAUGUGCUAGUGUUGAGUCCCCGAAUGGAGACACCCUUCAAAUCCGAAAAAAAUAUGAAGAGUUGCAGGGGCGUCUGGCACGCGCAAUGGAUGAAAUUGAGAGGCUUCAAAGCACCAAUAGUGUUUUAUCACUGGAUUUGCAGUUGGCGGAGAAACGGCUCCAAAUUCGCCACGAACGCAUUGAAAGCCUGAAGUUUGGGUUACGUCAGGAGUCUGCAAGUAACCAAGAGCUGCAGCAGAGUUUGGAAAGGCAAAUGUCUGCUCACCGAACACAACUUCAGGCGGCGCGUAACGAUGCGUUGUAUUGGAGACAACGUUAUGAUGAUUUAUUGAACCACUGCCAUACCAGCAGCAGCAGCAGAAAACCUCGUGCUACUCAUAUCAGCCCUAUACGCCGGCGGAGCCUCACACCAACAUUAGAAGGCGUGUUGGUAGCUCGAAGUCCAUCUGCGCGUGCACCGCCAUCAUCAGUUGCUACGUCACCGGGGCGUGGUGUUAUUGUUAAACCCAUACGUGGCGGCGGAAGCAAGUUGGAACACGCCUUUGCGUAA